CAGCAAGUCUUUGACCAUCAUUCCACAUUGUCAUUAACUCAUUUGCAAAAUGUCAACCGAACGUGACCAACUGGUGUGCAAUGCCCGGGACUGUUUCAAGAAAAUUGAAAGCACCGCGUGGAUUACCUGCUGUUCGCACGUGUUCUGCGCUCAGCACGGCAAGGAAGCCAAGCUCCGCCAGACCACGGCUCCACCCAGUUGUCCAGCGUGUGGUUUCCGCUUCCGAGACGAGCUUUCCAUCGUGGAACGAAAACUAAACAACUCGCUUCAGGCGCGAGCGCUGCUUUUGUGCGGCUACAGUCCGGAGGUGGUGAUGGAGAUUGCCAACAAUGCCAUUACGUUUUGGAAUUUCCAGAAGCAGCAAAUUUGUGCCAAUCUGGAGAGGAAAGUGGAAUACUACAGAGAAACGGUUUGCACAAUGAAACGAGAUGUAGCUCAGCAUAAAAGCGAUAGCGAAACGAAAUUUCGUCGAUUAGAGCAACAACUGGAACAGGCCCAGGCAAGGUUGAAGGACUUGAACGAUGAAAGAACGGCUGCAAAAAGCAGAUACGGGGAGCAUUCCAGGUGCGUGAAGAAACGCAAGCCAGAUGAUUUUCUGCUGUGACCCGAUUUGCGAUGCAAAACGUAGUUCGAUGUGUACCUACCAUAGAAAUGCGCUCUCAGUGAUGGAGUAAUAAAG